AUGAAAGGAGUCAGCCAGUUUGCUGAUUUUGUUUGUGUGAAAUGUCUAAAAGAGCCAGAUCCAUCCAAAGUGGAUGGGAGGUUUCCCAGGGCCGAGGGGUGUGGUUGGAAGCUGAAUGAUUGGGCCUAUGGAUACUACAGACAACAGAGAAAACUUGUUGAAGAGAUUGGCUGGUCCUAUACAGGAGCACUGAAUCAAAAAAAUUGGGGAAAGAAAUAUCCAAUAUGCAACAGCCCAAAACAAUCUCCUAUCAAUAUUGAUGAAGAUCUUACACAAGUAAAUGUGAAUCUUAAGAAACUUAAAUUUCAAGGUUGGGAUAAAACAUCUUUGGAAAACACAUUCAUUCACAACACUGGAAAAACAGUGGAAAUUAAUCUCACGAAUGACUACCGCCUCAGUGGAGGAGUUUCAGACAUAGUGUUCAAAGCAAGCAAGAUAACUUUCCACUGGGGAAAAUGCAAUGUGUCAUCUGAUGGAUCAGAACACAGUUUAGAAGGACAAAAAUUUCCACUAGAGAUGCAAAUCUACUGCUUUGAUGUGGACCGAUUUUCAAGUUUUGAGGAAGCUGUUAAAGGAAAAGGGAAGAUAAGAGCUUUGUCCAUUUUAUUUGAGGUUGGAAUAGAAGAAAAUUUGGAUUACAAAGCAAUUAUUGAUGGAGUCGAGAAUGUUAGUCGUUUUGGGAAACAGGCUGCCUUAGAUCCAUUCAUAUUGCUGAACCUUCUGCCAAACUCAACUGACAAGUAUUACAGUUACAAUGGCUCCCUGACAUCUCCUCCCUGUACAGACACUGUUGAGUGGAUUGUUUUUAAAGAUACAGUGAGCAUCUCUGAAAGCCAGUUGGCCGUGUUCUGUGAAGUUCUUACAAUGCAGCAGUCUGGGUAUGUCAUGUUGAUGGACUACUUGCAAAACAAUUUUCGAGAACAACAGUAUAAGUUCUCUAGGCAGGUGUUCUCCUCAUAUACUGGAAAGGAAGAGAUUCAUGAAGCAGUUUGUAGUUCAGAACCAGAAAAUGUGCAGGCUGACCCAGAGAACUAUACCAGCCUCCUUGUUACGUGGGAAAGACCCCGAGUCGUGUAUGAUGCCAUGAUCGAGAGGUUUGCAGUCCUCUAUCAGCAGUUGGAAGGAGACGAUCAGACCAAGCAUGAGUUUUUGACAGAUGGCUAUCAAGACUUGGGUGCUAUUCUCAAUAAUUUACUUCCCAAUAUGAGUUAUGUUCUUCAAAUAGUAGCCAUAUGCACCAAUGGCUUAUAUGGAAAAUACAGCGACCAGCUGAUUGUUGACAUGCCUGCUGAUGAUGCCGAACUUGAUCUUUUUCCUGAAUUAAUUGGAACUGAAGAGAUAAUCAAGGAGGAAGAAAGCAGAAAAGAAGACAUUGUCGUGAAUCCGGGUAGAGACAGUGCCACAAACCAAAUAAGGAAAAAGGAACCCCACAUUUCUACCACAACCCAUUACAAUCGCAUAGGGACUACAUCCAAUGAGGCCAAGACUAACCGAUCCCCAACAAGAGGAAGUGAAUUCUCUGGAAAGGGUGAUAUUCCCAACACAUCUUCAGAUUCAAUCUCCCAGGCAGUCACUGACUUAGCCACAGAAAAAGAUAUUUCCUUGACUUCUGAGCCUGUGACUGAGCUACCCCCUCACACUGUGGAAGGCCCUUCAGCUUCUUUAAAUGAUGACUCCAAAGCUGAUGUCAGGUAUCCGCAAAUGAACUUGUCUGGAACAGCAGAAUCUUUACAGACAGUGUCUAUAACAGAUUAUCCAGAGGUGUCAACUGACAUUGGCGAGGAAGAAAGCUUACUGACCAGUUUCAAGCUCGAUCCUGGAUCUGAUGAUUCUUCAGGCUCCAGUCCUGCAACUUCUGCUAUGCCAUUCGUCUCUGAGAACAUAUCCCAUGUGUAUAUAUUUUCUUCGGAAAACCCAGAGGCCAUCACAUAUGACAUCCUCAUACCAGAGUCUACAAGCAAGACUUCAGAAGAUUCCGUUUCCUCAGGCUCAGAAGAGCCCCUGAAGGAUCCUUCUGGUGACAGAAAUGGGUGGUUCCCUAGCUCUACGUAUGUGCCAGCACAGCCCGAUGGUGGAUCCGGUAGAGAGAGCUUUCUCCAGACUAAUUAUACUGAGAUACAUAUUGAUGAACCUGCGCAGACAACCGAGUCCGUUUCUCCAGGACCUCAGGGUCCUUCGGUCACAGAUGUGGAAAUGCCAGCUUAUUCUACCUUUGCCUACUUUGCAACUGAGGCCACACCUCAUGCUUUUACUCCAUCCUCUGGGCAACGUGAUUCAGUCCCCACUGUCCACGUGGUACACUCGCAGACAACCCAACCAGUAUACAAUGGUGAGACACCUCUUCAACCUUCCCACAGUAGUGAAGUCUUUCCUCUAGUCACCCCUUUGUUGCUUGACAAUCAGAUCCUCAAUACUACCCCUGCUGCUUCAAGUAGUGAUUCGGCCUUGCAUGCUACGCCUGUAUUUCCCAGUGUUGAUGUGUCAUUUGAACCCAUCCUGUCUUCCUAUGAUGGUGCACCUUUGCUUCCAUUCUCCUCUGCUUCCUUCAGUAGUGAAUUGUUCCGCCAUCUGCAUACAGUUUCUCAAAUCCUUCCACAAGGUACUUCAGCUACUGACAGUGAUCAGGUGCCCCUGCAUGCUUCUCUGCCGGUGGCUGGGGGUGAUGUGCUGUUAGAACCCAGCCUUGCUCAAUACUCUGAUGUGGUGUCACAUCAGACCACUGCUCACGCUGCUUCAGAGACCUUGGAAUCUGGUAGUGAAUCUGGUGUCCUUUAUAAAACGCAUUUGUUUUCUCAAGUUGAACCAUCCAGCAGUGAUGUCAUGAUGCAUGCACGUUCUUCAGGGCCUGAACCUUCUUAUGCCUUAUCUAAUCAUGAGGGCUCCCAACACUUCUUCGCUGUUUCGUACAGUUCUGCAAUACCUGUGCAUGAUUCUGUUGAUGUAUCUGAUCAGGGUUCUUUAUUUAGCAGCCCUAGCCGUAUGUCAAUACCUAAGUCUUCAUUAAUAACCCCCACUGCGUCAUUACUGCAGCCUACUCAUGCCCUCUCUGGCGAUGGGGAGUGGUCUGGAGCCUCCUCUGAUAGUGAAUUUCUUGUGCUUGAUACAGAUGGGCUGACAGCCCCUAACGUUUCUUCACCUGUUUCUGUAGCUGAAUUUACAUAUACAACAUCUGUGUUUGGUGAUGGUAAUAAGCCACUUUCUAAAGGUGAAAUAAUAUAUGGAAAUGAGACUGAACUGCAGAUUUCUUCUUUCAGUGAGAUGGUUUACCAUUCUAAAAGAACAGCUCUGCCAGAAACCUCUGUUUCCAUGUCUAGCACAAAGGGCAUGCUUCCAGGGUCCCCUGCUUAUACCACUCCUAAAGCUUUUGAGCGUGAGGUUAGUCAAGUUCAACCUACACAUACUACAUCUCCAGCGUUUGGUGACCCUUCACUUAAACUUGUGCUUAGUGCAAAAUCAGAGCCAGCAUCCUCUGACCCUGCUUCUAGUGAGAUGUUACUUCCUUCAACUCAGCUCCUGUUUUAUGAGACCUCAGCUUCUUUUAAUCCUGAAGUAUUGCUGCAACCUUCCUUUCAGGCUUCUGAUGUUGACAACAUGCUUAAAACCGCCAUUCCAACUGUGCCUACUGAUUCAGUAAAGGUUGAAACCCCCAAGGUUGAUAACAUUGGUUCUGCAGUGUUGCAUCUCAUGGCCUCAGAUUCUGCUGCAAGCGAAAACGUGCUACACUCUACAUCCAUGCCAGUUUUUGAUGUGUCACCUACUUCUAAUAUGUACUCUGCUUCCCUUCAAGGCAUAACUUAUGCAAGUGACAAAUACUUUGAGCCAGUUUUACUUAAAAGCAAAAGUUCCCAGCAAAUAAUAACCUCUUCCUACAGUGUUGAUGAGUUAUUCCAAACUGCCAACUUGGAGAGUAACCAGGCCUUUCCCCCACAAGGAAGUAAUGCAUUUGCUACUCCUAUCUUAUCAGUUGAUGAACCUCCAAAUUCACUUAUAACUAAGUUCGUGUAUUCUGAUGAACUGUCCACCUCCACCACAAGCUCCAUUACUGAUGGAGUAUUUACUGAUAUUCCAACAGUUGCUUCUGAUACACUUGCACCUACUGAUCCUUCUGUUUCUUUAGGAAAUGAGCAUGUUUCCAUUACAGCUGUUUCUCCCAAUCAAGAUGGUUCUGUAGGCACAACCAAGUUGCUGUUUCCUUCUAAUGCAAGUUUUGGGCUGAGUUCCAGUGCUAGAACUGUUGCUGAUUUGGUGGGUGGUGGUGAGGAUGGUGACACUGAUGAUGAUUAUGGUGAUGAUGAUGAUGACUAUGAUGACAGAGAGAGUGAUGGCUUACCCAUUAAUAAGUGUAUGUCAUGCUUAGCCUAUAGAGAAUCACAGGAAAAGGUAAUGAAUGAAUCAGACACCCAAGAAAACAGUCCUGUGGAUCAGAAUAACCUACUCUCAUAUUCACAACCUGCAACUUCUGAAGAAGAAAAUAAAGUCACAGGGGUGACCUCAGACAGUCAAACUGGGAUGGACAGAAGGCCUGAUAAGUCACCACCAGCAAGUGUGCUACCUGCAAAGCACAAUGGAAAAGAGGACUCUGACACUCAGACUGGUAGAGCCCCGCUUCCUCUUUCUCCAGAGUCUAAAGCAUGGUCAGUUCUGACAAGUGAUGAAGAGAGUGGAUCAGGGCAAGGAACCUCAGAUAGCUUUAGUGAUAAUGAGACUUCCACAGAUUUCAGUUUUCCAGAUGCUAAUGAAAGAGAGAUUGAUGGGGUCAUGGAAGCAGGUGACUCAGAACUAACUCCCAAAUCUCCACGGCCCUCAACACCGUCUGUUACUAACGGGCACUCAGAAGUAUUCAACAUUUCAGAGGCAGAGGCCAGUAAUAGUAGCCAUGAGUCUCGUAUUGGUCUAGCUGAGGGGCUGGAAUCUGAGAAGAAGGCAGUUAUACCCCUUGUGAUCGUGUCAGCCCUGACUUUUAUCUGUCUAGUGGCACUUGUGGGUAUUCUCAUCUACUGGAGGAAAUGCUUCCAAACUGCACACUUUUAUUUAGAGGACAGUACAUCCCCUCGAGUAAUAUCUACACCUCCAACACCUAUCUUCCCAAUUUCAGAUGAUGUUGGAGCAAUUCCAAUAAAGCACUUCCCAAAACAUGUUGCAGACUUACAUGCAAGUAAUGGGUUUACUGAAGAAUUUGAGACACUGAAAGAGUUUUACCAGGAAGUGCAGAGCUGUACUGCUGACUUAGGCAUCACAGCAGACAGCUCCAACCAUCCAGACAACAAGCACAAGAACCGUUAUAUAAACAUUGUCGCUUAUGAUCAUAGCAGGGUUAAGCUUGCACAACUUGCUGAAAAAGAUGGCAAACUGACUGAUUACAUCAAUGCCAAUUAUGUUGAUGGAUACAACAGACCAAAGGCUUAUAUUGCUGCCCAAGGACCACUGAAGUCCACAGCUGAAGAUUUUUGGAGAAUGAUUUGGGAGCACAACGUGGAAGUGAUCGUCAUGAUAACUAACCUUGUGGAAAAGGGAAGGAGAAAGUGUGACCAAUACUGGCCUGCUGAUGGCAGUGAAGAAUACGGGAACUUUCUGGUCAAUCAGAAGAGUGUCCAAGUGCUUGCCUAUUAUACUGUUAGGAAUUUUACCCUGAGAAACACAAAGAUUAAAAAGGGCUCCCAGAAAGGAAGACCCAGUGGGCGUGUGGUGACGCAGUAUCACUACACUCAGUGGCCAGACAUGGGGGUGCCAGAGUUCUCACUUCCAGUGCUGACCUUUGUGAGAAAGGCAGCCCAUGCCAAGCGCCAUGCAGUGGGACCUGUUGUUGUCCAUUGCAGCGCUGGAGUUGGAAGAACAGGCACCUAUAUUGUGCUAGACAGUAUGUUGCAGCAAAUUCAACAUGAAGGAACUGUCAACAUAUUUGGCUUCUUAAAACACAUUCGUUCACAGAGAAAUUAUUUGGUGCAAACUGAGGAGCAGUAUGUCUUCAUUCAUGACACACUGGUUGAGGCCAUACUAAGUAAAGAAACGGAAGUUCCGGACACGCAUAUUCAUGCCUAUGUUAAUGCACUCCUCAUUCCAGGACCAACAGGCAAAACAAAACUAGAAAAACAGUUCCAGCUCCUGAGUCAAUCAAAUAUACAGCAGAGUGAUUAUUCUACAGCCCUAAAGCAAUGCAACAGAGAAAAGAACAGAACUUCUUCGAUCAUCCCUGUGGAAAGAUCAAGGGUUGGCAUUUCAUCCCUGAGUGGGGAAGGCACAGACUACAUCAAUGCCUCUUAUAUCAUGGGUUACUAUCAGAGCAAUGAAUUCAUCAUCACCCAGCACCCCCUUCUCCAUACUAUUAAGGAUUUCUGGAGGAUGAUAUGGGACCAUAAUGCCCAGCUGGUGGUUAUGAUUCCCGAUGGUCAAAACAUGGCAGAGGAUGAAUUUGUUUACUGGCCAAAUAAAGAUGAACCUAUAAAUUGUGAGAGCUUUAAAGUCUCUCUUAUGGCUGAGGAACACAAAUGCCUAUCUAAUGAGGAAAAACUUAUAAUUCAAGACUUCAUCUUAGAAGCUACACAGGAUGAUUAUGUACUUGAAGUGAGGCAUUUUCAGUGUCCCAAAUGGCCAAAUCCAGAUAGUCCCAUUAGUAAAACUUUUGAACUUAUCAGUAUUAUCAAAGAAGAAGCUGCCAACAGGGAUGGACCCAUGAUUAUUCAUGAUGAGCAUGGAGGCGUGACAGCAGGAACUUUCUGUGCUCUGACAACACUUAUGCAUCAACUAGAGAAAGAAAAUUCCAUGGAUGUUUACCAGGUAGCCAAGAUGAUCAAUUUGAUGAGGCCAGGAGUCUUUGCUGACAUUGAGCAGUAUCAGUUUCUCUACAAAGUGGUCCUCAGUCUCGUGAGCACAAGGCAGGAAGAAAACCCAUCCACCUCUUUGGACAGUAAUGGUGCAGCCUUGGCUGAUGGCAACAUGGCUGAGAGCUUGGAGUCUUUAGUUUAA